AGUUCCAAUUUUUUCUUGCGAAUUUAGAAUCCGGGCCAAUUAUUUUGGGGAGAAAAUCUUGAAUAUAAAGCUUAAAGCCCACGCAGCCCUGCAAUCAGCAACGCACAGCAGAGAUGGCGGUAACAAAGGAGCAAGUUGAAUCAACCCUAAAUUCCAAGCUCAAUCCUUCUCAUCUUGAUGUGAGUGACACGUCUGGGGGAUGCGGUGCGAGUUACUGUGUAGAGAUAGUGUCGGAGCAGUUUGAAGGGAAACGGUUGCUCGAGAGGCACAGAAUGGUGAACACUGCUUUAGCUGAAGAGAUGAAACAAAUUCAUGCUCUUUCCAUUACUAAAGCCCUCACCCCUCAGCAGUGGGCCCUACAAAACCCCCCUCCUCCAAAUCCUCAAUCACCUCCUGCUGCUGCCUGAAAUCAAUCUAUAUCUAUAUAUAUAUAUAUAUAUAUAUAUAUAUAUAUAUAUAUAUAUAUAUAUAUAUAUAUAUAUAUAUAUAUAU